AUGGAAGAACAAGAAGAAAAAGAAUACCAACCUGAAUCCCAAAACGUCUCCGUUUCAACUGAUCGAAUCGAAAUUUCUUCAGAACCUGUUAUGGACGUUCCUGCAGAAGAACAACAAAAAGAGGAAACGGAUCUGUUGGAGAAAUGGCUGCCUCGUCCGCCAAAGGAGGAGUGUUCAGACGAAUUGCAAGAAAAGAUAAUUAAAUUGCUUGUUCUGAAGAAGACUACCGGCAGAAGCUUUAAUGCAGAAUUACGCAACAAAAAAGAGUAUAGGAAUCCAGAUUUGUUGCUGUAUACAGUGAAUUCUCAAGAAAUUGACCCGAUAGGAUCUCGCUUCGAUAAAGCCGCAUUUGAUCCGCAUGGAUAUGAUAAAAGUGACUUCUACGAUGCAAUAUGA